AUGUCGGAGGAAGAAUUGUACAGUAAAAUAUGUGUUGCACAGAGUAUCAAACCUGUCUUCAGUGACGAAGUCGUUGAUAAUGAGUCUUCUUACAAAUUGUCUAAAUUAUCUUGUAGCUUAGCAACAAUAUUUGCACGAGAUAAAGACAUAGUUGCCGUGAGAUUGAAAAUUUCCGAUGGUUGUAUAGCCUACAUUUCUAAGAUUGGUCCUUGGCUUGAUGAAGAAGUUGUAUAUAUCAACAAAAUCAGGGAAUAUCUGAGAAAUAUAUUUAAUGAUUCCCCUAAAAAAUCAAAAGCAAAUUCGGAUACUCUAGCUAUUGAAAUAUUGUCAUACUGUUCUAAUAAGCUUGAAUCUAGAAUCAAUAAGCUUAAGGAAGAUUUAACUCGUAAUCCAGAUAAGGAGUAUAUUAAAUCUUUCAUUAGAUAUGCUUCAGCUAAUUUAAAAGAAUUCGAUCCGAAGAAAUUAAAUGAUGUGGAUAAGUUCAAAAUUUCUGUUGUUUGUCAAUCUUAUUAUGAACAACAACUCGAUAAAAUUGAUAAUGAUAAAAUUGAUAAAAAAAAAAAAGUGAGAUUCCUAAAAAUUUUUUAG